UCACCAGUCCCCUUCUUGCAUUCAGCACUUCCUUUUGCUCCAUACAAUUGCACUUCAUCUCUCUCUCAAAGCUCGACCAACUACAUCGCUAAGCAAGAACAAUUCCUCCGGUGAGAAUAAGAAUGACGAGUGAGUUGGAUAAGAUUAGCCAAUUGCCGAGGCACAUAGUGGACCAAAUCCCGUCUCACUUGCCGAUUAAGGACGCAGUGAGGACUAGUAUUUUGUCGAGAAAGUGGAGGUACAAAUGGUCCUCUGUUCCACAACUUGUGUUCGAUGACCAAUGCACUAGGGCCACAAGAAUUCCUUCUCUUCAACCAUCUCUGCAUGAAAACUUGGUGAAGAUAAUUGACAAGGUUCUCUUGCUUCAUACUAGCCCAAUACGGAAGUUCAAGCUCUCGCACGAAGAAUUUUGCGCCACGAGUGACAUUGACCACUGGAUUCUUCAUCUAUUCAGAGUGUGUGUCAAAGAAAUCGUACUCGACAUCUGGACAUGGCAGUAUUACAAGAUUCCCUCCUUAUUCAAUUGCCAAUACUUGAUUCAUUUGGAACUAUACAAAUGUUUGGUGAAAAUCCCAUCGAUGUUCGAAGGAUUCCAUAACUUGGAAAGUUUGGAUCUUCAGCAUGUUCAACUGUCUUUGGACGGGCUUAAGGCUUUGAUUUCUCACUGCCCCCUACUAAAACGUUUGAAGUUGAGGAACUUAGAGGGGAUUAAGCAAAUUAACGUCGAUACUGGCAACCUCGAGUGGCUUGAUGUUGAAGGAGCUUUUCAGGAUGUCGCUUUCGGUGUUAUGAACAAUUUGAUGUCGCUCAUGGUUGGUUUCUCUGAUGAUAUUGCUAAUAAACGUGGAUCCCACUACGCCAACUCGAACAAUUUGCGCAAACUCUUCCGAAAUUUGCCCAAACUUCAUAGUCUCAUACUUGAAAAUUACUCACUGAAGUAUUUGGGUAUUGAAAAUGCUCCACAGACACUGCUUGAUGAACUCGUUCAUUUGAAUUACCUCUUCACAUACAUAGACUUCAAUAGUGUGGGGUAGAUUUUGACUGUUAUGUGCUUGAUCAAAAGCUCUCCUGAGUUGAAACAUGUAGCCUUUCAGUGUCGUGCCAAGGAUCAACAGACUACAUGGAUUGGAAAAUUGGCAAACUUUUGGGAAGACGCAGCAUGUUGCAUGGAACAAGUACAAGUUGUAUCAAUGGGUGGGAUUUCUGGUAGUGAGCCAGAGCUGGAAUUGAUGAAGUUUUUGCUUACUAGCUCGCCAAACCUACAAACGAUGACGAUCCGACCUACUUCCACGAGUGGAGAAGGCAGGUUGUUGAAGGAGUUACUACAAUUCCGGCGAGCCUCAGCACAUUUUUCUCGACCCUUUUGUUUUAGAGUAAGGAGUCAUUGCAAUUGUUUAUACUAUGCUGUUUAGAACUUGAAUAAACUGGGAUACGGAGUUCGUGUGUUACUUUGAGAAAUGAGAAUCCUCUUCGUUCAUCUUCC